GUUUUAGCAAAGAAAAGAAACAAAUAUAACAAAUCAAAGAAUAAUAAUAUAAUUUUUAGAAAUCAUUUAACGUCAAAAAGGACAAUCAAUUAUCAAUCUUUUAUAAUUUUAUAGCAUCAAUGUUUGUCAUGUAAGCAUGUUAAAGUACAUGGAAAUUUCCGUUGAGGAUAUUGGUUUUUAAUUAAUAGCUUUUAGUUUCACAAAAUCAUGUGCUGAUCGUUUGUUCUCUUUUGUCAUCAAAGCAUUUGCUAGACACAAGCGGAAAAUUGCGUUGAUUGUAUUUACGCGCACCAAUUUCCUAUGCAUACAUAGGGCGGUAUCAAGAAGAUGAAAUUUACAAGCACUAACGAUGUGGGGGAAAUUUGCAUGUAUAGUGAUCGAGUAACAAAUUAUAAUAUGAAUGAAACUUGUCAUCCACUGCCGAGUUAUAUGGUCUGUAUAAACAAUCGCUGACAUGAAUAAUUUUUAAGGGUAAAAAUUACAAGUUGUUUUUAAUGUGAAUUAUAUAAAUAAAUUCCUUUUUACGAUAUACCCCUUGAUGCCUAGAAAAAUAACAUAAUGACGUCAGCAUUUAUUGCAUUUAAAGCUCCAAUUUGAGCUACGAAAUUCGUGCAAGCACAGCGAUCGCUUAACUAGAAAACCACCCAAGAUAUCAACUCUAUUCAGGGGCGGAUCUAGGGUUAGGCAGCCUAGGCAAUUGCCUAAGCCUAAGCUUGGGCAAAAAAAAGGAAAAUAUGCCAUAUAGCAUAACUUGUGAAAGUAAUAAAUAUUUUUGUAAAUUUGUCUUGUAGUGCUAACUUUGCUUCGCCAACCUGGAUGCGCGUUGUUAGGAACUGUUUUUUUUUAAAAAUUCAAUAAGAAGUAAACCCGGGGCGAUUUUAGGCAAGAUACCGAUUCGCCUAAAACGUCCGUGGGUUUCCAAGUUUUAAAUGAAUGAAAAUCACGGGUGGAAGAAAAAACGCCUAAAACGUCCGUGGGUUUUCAACUUCAAAUGAAUGGAAUUCUUAAAUCGGAAGAAAAAACGCCUAAAACGUCCGUGGGUCUUCAACUUCAAAUGAAUAGAAUUCUAAAACCGAGAAGAAAAACGCCUAAAACGACCGCGGGUAAGUUUUACAUAAAUCUCUGUGCGGCCAAGGGUGUGUCCUUCUUUUUCAACAUGGAUUCCCUUGAUCAGGAGUACACUGUUGAAGAAGCUUUCAAGUCAAAUGAUUUGAAUAAAUUGAAUGAGUUGUAUGCAAAAUUGAAAAAAGAAAUUCUGGAUUCAGCUACCUUUUCGGAUAAUGAGAGGAUUAAUAAUGUUGGAAAGAAGUAUUUUCGCGAUCUAGUUGCUGAAACCUUUAUUCCAACCUUUGCUAAAGACAAAUUUAUUGCUUUGAAGUCACAAGCCUCAGGUAACUGUUUAUACAGCUCUGUAUCUUUGUUUUUGUGUGGAGAUAACUCUCUUGUUCGAAAACUAAGAACUUUGACAUCGUUAGAACUGUAUUUAAAUAGUGGCUUUUAUAUAAAGCAUCCCACUAUAAUUUCGGCAUAUGAGAAAGGCAAAGGAGUUUAUUUUAACAAUUUCAGAAACAUUUUAGGUGGUCUCUUAGUUUCACAUGCUGCUUUAGAUUCAGGUAAAACUGCUGAUGCUUUAAUUAAAGUAGAGGCAAUGCAUAAUAUAAAAAACUUUGAGUGGUGUAGUUUUGUUUGUGUUCUUGCACUGUCCUCAGCAAUUUCGAGGAACAUCAUUACACUAUAUCCAGACUGUGGUCACGCAAAAUUGAAACUUCUUUACAGUCAAAAUAUUGAACCUAGAGAUUCUGCAGUUUCUUCUACAAGUCUUCACAUUUUACUUUGUUAUUGUGGUACUUUACCGACACAAAUUGAAUUUAAACAUAAUCAUUUUGUGCCUCUAUUAUGUGGUGUACAUCCAAAAAGAAAAAUCAAGCAACCAUUGCCAAAACCUGUGAUUAAAAAAAAUAAGCAGUCAAAAUUGCCUUUCUGGGUAAAUAGACAUGGCAUGAAUGACCUAGGUAUUGCUUCUGACAGACCUACAGUAACAUUUCCUGCUGUCAAUAUGUCAACCAAAACAAAAAAUAUUCCAAUGUCAUCAAGUUCUACUGUUAAAUCAGUGACUAGUAUUAGUCCUGUAACUAAGCAAUCCUCUGGAGGUGCAAUAAGUUCUAUUAUUUCUGUGUCAACCGAAAUAACCUUAGCCAACGAUAUAGCUUCGUAUAUGAAUAAAGUUCAAAACAUGGAAUAUUCAGAAAUAAUUAAAUUAAUAAACGAAGUUUUCAUCCCUGAUAAUAACUAUAAAUUUCCUGUUAAAGAUGGUCGUUCCUUUAAAUUUGAUUGGUUAAAACAAUACACCUGGCUUUGUUAUUCACCUGCUUAUGAUGGUGGUUACUGUUUGCCAUGUGUUCUUUUUGGAAAUAAGUUUCCUAAUUUGUUAAAAAACAUAAGAAAUCUGGUAACACAGCCUGUUAAUGCAAAACGUUGUGCUACAACGUUGUUCAAAAACCAUGAAAAAACAUCUAGCUCUGUAAAAAGUCUUCACCAGGCAACAUUUUCACUGUUUACAACAUAUUUGAGCCAGCAUUCUGGUAAAAGCAAACCAAUUUCUGAACUUGUUGAUCAGCAAAUAAGUAAACAGAUUUCUGAAAAUAAAGCCAAACUUGAGCCAAUCAUCGAUACAAUUUUGUUGUGUGGAAGACUAAAUAUCCCUUUAAGAGGUCAUAGAGAUGAUAGCAGUUAUCAUCCUGAAGUAGGCAGUUACUCAUCUGGGGGAGUAGGUAAUUUCAUAGAAAUUUUAAAUUAUAGAGCUCGUGCAAACCCUGUUUUCAAAGAAACUCUUGACAACAGUGCAAAAAAUGCUACCUACAUUUCAAAAACAGCUCAGAAUGAGUUGAUUAAUUGUAUUGGUGAAGUCAUCACUGAAAAAAUUGUUCUUGAAAUAAAAGGCAGUAAAUUUUUUUCUAUUCUUGGUGAUGAAUGCAUGGACAGUUCAUGCAAAGAGCAAUUUUCUCUUUGUAUAAGGUUUGUUGACCAAAAUUGUGAUGUUAGGGAAGAAUUUUUAAGACUGGUUCAUUGUGGGGAAGGUUUGUCAGGUGAUGGUUUAUGUAAAAUUGUCCUAAAAUGUCUCGCAGAAGAUCUUCAGCUAAAUAUAAUGGAUUGUAGAGGUCAAGGUUACGAUGGUGCAGGUUCAGUGGCAGGUUUUAGAAAUGGUUUGGCAGCAAGAAUCCUACGCAUAAACCGAAAAGCCUUGUAUACGCAUUGCCAUAGCCAUCGAUUAAAUUUAGCAAUCUGUAAAACCUGUGGCAUUCAAGCAGUUGAGAAUGUUAUGGGACAGAUUAGAGACAUUUCAUUUUUUUUUAAUUACUCUGAAACUAGGCGGUUGAUUUUAGAACGUAAUAUCAAGGAACACUGUCCAUCAGCUACAAAAUAUAAAUUAUUUAAUGUUUGUGCAACAAGGUGGGUUGAGAGAAUUAAAGGUAUGGAGGUAUUUAAUGACCUUUAUGUAGCUAUUGUAAACACAUUAGAUGAAAUGAAUUUAAAUUUAAAUCAUGUUUGUAAUGCUGACACAUCCUCUAAAGCUCUUCCUUUUUUAAAAGUCCUAACCUCAUUUGAUUUCAUGGCUACAUUUAUGAUCACUAAAAAUAUUUUUUUGAUGACUUUACAAGUAACUGAGCUUUUACAAAGCAGAGCAAAUGAUAUCAUGGAUGGUAUACACAUGAUAGAUGCUCUCAAGUCUCGUACUACCAUGGUUAGAAACAACAUUGACUACUACCAUGAAAAGUGGUACAAAGAAGCUUCUGAUCUUGCUAAGGAACUACAUGUUACUGAGGCAAGUCCUCGAACCUCGGGUAUAACACUUUUUAGAUCCAACACACCAUCAGAAAAUCCUUCUGAUCAUUAUAAAAGGAAUAUUACAAUACCUAUGUUGGAUCAUUUACAUUCCGAACUUACUGGCAGGUUUGAAGAAAAAGCAUUGUCUUGCUAUAGUGGGCUAGCUAUUCUCCCAGAAAAAAUGCUGAGUCUUAUCAAAGAAAAUGUAGAUUGGAAAAAAAGGUUCAAUGCUUUCUUUCAAUUCUAUCUAGAAGACUUGCCCAAUGUUCAAUCUAUCGAACAUGAAUUGGAACUUUGGGAAAUUUACUGGAAAUCAUAUGAAGGGCCUAUACCUAACAACAUUUCCUCCACAUUGAAAUCUGUCAAUUUUACUGGGUUUGAAAAUGUAAAAGUGGCCUUGAGAAUUUUAGCCACUUUACCUGUGACUUCUUGCGAGUGUGAAAGGACAUUUUCAGCCAUGAAGAGGUUAAAAACAUUUACUCGCACAACCAUGGACUCAGAUAGACUAAAUGGCUUAGCCUUAAUGCAUGUACAUCAAAACAUCAUUCCUAAUAUUUCUGAUGUUAUUGAGAAAUUUUCAUUGAAAAAUAGACGAUUAAACUUUAAGUGAAUUACAUUAUUACCUUCUUCAUAAAACCUUACUUCAAGUUAUUGUAGAACACUUCUUUUAUUAUAUAUACAUAUGUACCUCUUAUUUUACCAUACCUAUUCUUUUGCCUAAAUUAUACUUAUAUUAGUAUAUGCCUUAUCAUUGCCUAAAUUAUACUUACAUUUUUAUGUACUUACCUUACCUAUUUUUGACAAAAAUGUUUUCUGUAACUUUAAUUCUCGAGUUGCCUUUGUGGCCUCUCCUGGAAGCAAUUGACUGUAACAAAGCACCUCCAGAGUAAGGUCCAAAUUUCACAAUCAAUUUACGUAAUUACUUAAGUUCUGUUUUUCCUAAAUUUUGUGUGUUUUUUAUUAUGAUUGUUUUUACCUUUAGCCUUUUACCCUAUCAUUUUGACUGGUCUUGAUGCAAAUAAUUGUAUCUGUUGAGUGGCGCUCCAUUCACUUCAUGGUUUGUUGUUUGACAAUUGAUCAUUUAUUUUGAUUUCAAUGCUAGAUUCAUUCGUCCAUUGGUAUUACUUCUGUUUCUGCUUAUAUACAAGUGAAGAAGAAAGAAGAAAGAAGAAAAAUUGUUUGCCUGGUUAUUAGAUUAACCUCAAAUUUAUAAAAAACAUUAUUCUGGCAUAUACAAAACGUCGGAAGAUAGUAAAAAGACGGGAGUAGUUAUCGCAUUAUGUAUCAAAACUUUUAUUUGUAUUUUAUAUUAUUAUAUAGCCUUAGUAGCCGAAAAGCACUUGUUACCACCUCGAAAA